UACGACACGCCACCACUCGCUUCAGUUCGCCAGGUGCUCGUGAACUGGUAGCUCCUGGUUUUAGCAGGAUUGUUCUCGGGACUUCGAGGGCCGAAGAUGGCACACCAGCAGCACGGCUUCUUGGAAGGUCACGCUGAAUCCACACCGGCGUGGGCUGCUGUUGCUGCUGUGGUUGCUAUGCUGGUGGGUUGGCUGUUUUGGAGGUUGUUUUCAGUCUCACCCGAGUCUCAAGGCAAAUUACCAGUUCCACCCGGGAGCUUUAAGUGGCCACUACUCGGAGAGACUCUUGAUUAUCUCGACUGUGCAAGGCGCAACCGAGUCGCAGACUUCUUCAACGCUCGUGUGGCUAAGUAUGGGGAGACAUUUAAAACGCACAUUCUCUUCAACCCGACAGUGUCAGUGGCUGCUCCAGACGGGAACAAGUUUUUGUUUGCAAAUGAGAACAAGCUGGUUCAGAAUCACUGGCCGCCAUCAGUUUCCAGACUGCUGGGCGAGCAUAGCAUGGCAACGAAAGUUGGCGAGGAGCACAGACGAGCGCGUCGAGUUUACACCAACUUCUUCAAACCAGAAGGUCUCCAAUCCUUCGUACCAAGAAUCGAUGAAUUAGCUCGUUCUCACAAUUCGAAGUAUUGGGAAGGCAAGGAAUUUAUCCUGGGAGGUCCAACAGUGCGAGAUUUCACCUUUGCGGUAGCUGCGGACUUGUUUCUAAGUUUGAAACACGAUGAUCCGAUGUUCCGACCAUUCGAACUUGCCGCAUGUGAUUACCUUGCAGGGAUAUUGCAAGUUCCAAUCAAUUUACCGGGUACUGCAUAUCGCAAGGGGAUACUGGGGCGAGAGAGCCAGCUGCGCGUCAUUGAUAUGAGCUUAAAGCAAAGAAGACAGGAAAUGAAGGAGGGACGUGUUCCUCCACAACAGGAUCUCAUGUCUGUGCUUCUAAACACCCUAAAUGAGGACGGAACUCCCAUGUCGGAUGACCAGAUCAAAGAUAACAUGCUACUGUUUGUGUUCGCUGGUCACGAUACAAGUAGCUCCGCAUUGGCUGGGUUGCUCAAGUACUUGUCUCUUAAUCCAGAAUGCCUGAAGAAAGUACUUGAAGAGCAAAUGGAAAUUAGAAAGGAAAAGGGAGGCGAAGAUAUACCAUUAAGCUGGGACGAUACCAGAAAAAUGAAGUACACAUGGCGGACUAUUCAAGAGACCUUAAGGUUACAACCCUCUGUGCAAGCCGCAUUCCGAACAGUCAUAGAAGAAUUUGAGUAUGAUGGGUACACUAUACCCAAAGGAUGGACGAUAUUCUGGAGUGUUGGGCGCUCUCACAGAAAUCCAAAGUUUUUCCCUGACCCAGAGAAAUUCGAUCCAUCGCGCUUUGAAGGGACAGGGCCCGCACCAUUCACGUUCGUCCCAUUCGGCGGAGGACCUCAUAUCUGUCCAGGCAACGAGUUCGCUCGCACAGAGAUUUUGGUAUAUAUUCACUAUCUCGUGUUGAACUAUGAGUGGGAGAUGGUCGAUCCCACUGAGGACGUCUGCAUCGAUCCAAUGCCACUGUUCACGAAACAACUCCAACUCAGGGUUCGUAAAAGGUUCCCGUCGCUGUAACUUACUGGCAUGAUUCUCUCUGCGUUGCAACCUCUGCAGUCAAAUGGCAUUCGUUCGAUGGGUUAAAUUCUAUGUUUUUUCUUUUUUUUCUUUUUCCCACACUAGUCCGGUGUCAACGUGAAGAAAUCCAUUUCAGCCAGGUAUACCUUACGAGGCUGUAGAAUACCACAUCUGAUGGAACAAGUAUGAACUAUACAUAUUGUUGCAAUUAGUCUCUGUAGAUGAAUCUGAUGACAUAUGAGGUUUGUGUCAUAUAUAUGUGUGAUUGGAUUGUAAAUUGGGUUGUACUUGAGAAGAACUCACAUGCACAUAUCAAAAUCAAA